AUGCCUCCCCCACCUCCUCCUCCCCCGCCACCCCCUCCUGCGGCUGGCGGUCCACCAAAAUCCACGAACUUACCAAGCAGGUCUCCCAAAGCAGCACAAGGCCGGGGAGCUCUUCUCUCAGACAUCUCGAAAGGCACCCAUCUCAAGAAAACCGUAACAAAUGAUAAAUCGGCCCCUAUAAUUGGAAAGUCCUCCGGAACAUCGGGUGGUCUUUCAGUUGGCGGAGCACCGCCGGUUCCUAGCAUGCCCAAGGCCCCUAACGGAUUAGCCCCGCCUGUCCCUGGUGGAAAUCGAUUGCGGAGUAAUAGCGACCAGGGCCGUGGAGGAGCUGACUCGGGCGCGACUCCUGGUGCUAUUGCUCAUGAAAGCGGGACGAUCCCUUCUGCUCCGCAAUUAGGUGGAUUAUUCGCUGGCGGCAUGCCUAAGCUUAAGAAGCGUGGUGGAAUAGACACGGGCGCGUGCGCGGAUGCUUCAUACCUUUCAGACUCUGAAAGCUCUCGAAAACCUGGCCCGUGGACUCCCACUGGCAGUGCUCCACCACCACCACUACCAAGUGGUCGUCCGCCACCUCCAACACCAGGUGGCCCUCCACAGGUCCAAGAGAACCCCCUAGUUGCAAAUUUACGAAAGAUCCCCCCCCGCACGUCAGGAAGGCCUUCAUCCUCAAUCUCAUAUAUCUCCACUAAAUCAGCUCCAGAGACUCCUUCACGACCACCUCCUCUUCCUGGAGUAAAGCCCCCUGCCCCCCAAACUUCCACUCGAAAAGUCUCUGCUCCUCCUCCUCCAACAGCUCCACCUCCACCACCUUCAUCCGCAUCACCUCCUCCCCCGCCGUCUGCUCCUCCACCUCCUCCAGCAGUUGCCGCACCCCGCCCACCUCCAUCACGAUCGAAUCCCCCACCCCCGCCUCCGGCAGCAUCACCUAGCGCCAAUGGGUCCCACGCAGCAGCCUCAGCGGCAUCGAUAGCGAUGCAGGCCGCUAGAAAUGCAUUCUCCCAAGCAACUCAUCCGCAACCCCCCCAACCAUCGUCCGCUCCAUCCCACCCCCCGGCUCCUCCUCCACCUCCCCCGCAAUCAUCUCCUCCCUCAUCCGCGCGAACAUCAUCCUUACUAUCAACUCCACUCACCUCGCGUCCCUCAUCAUUUGCAGACCAGCAGAAUCAACAUCAAGUACCUCAGCAGCAGCAACAGCCCAACCGGUCACUACUCGACCCAAGUAACUAUACCCUCACAAACGGCGGUUCCUCGCCCCGACCCAGCUCUCGAGGCAGCAACAGGCGAGGCAGCUCACAGGGAAUCCGGAUCGAGGACCCAAGAUUCAAAUUCCAGAAUGAGUCGUUAUUUCCGAAACCCAGGGAGUUCCGUGGUGGCCAGAAGUUGUACAGGGCUGGGAGGGGGAGUAGUGUUCCGUUGGAUCUUUCGGCGUUGGGUUGA